AUGCAAAAUAAUAUAGGUCAUGCUCAUAUAUUCGAUUCUUACGAAGAAUAUAUAAAAAAACAAAUUACUCCCACUGAUUUAUUUUAUAUUGAAGAUGAAGAGUUGCUAUUUGAAAUAUUUACAUUAGGUUUAAAAAGUAGGGGAAUAUUAAGCAAAGAGGAUUUCAAUAGCACGUAUAAAAAAAAAAAAAAAAAUGAAAAAAUAUCAAUGAAAGAAGAAAAUAAAGAAUGCAUAACAUACGAUAUUAAUAUAUUGUAUAAUGGCACAAAAGAUUUUUUUUAUAUAAUAAAUUAUCAUAUACAUUUUUGUAAAGAAAAUAAAAUUGCUACAAUUUUAUUUAUUCGUUAUCUUAAUAAAAGUAAAUCUGAAAUUAGUUCUUACAUUGAUAUUAAUAACAACAAAGUUAUAGAAAAAAUAAAAAAAAAAAAAUAUAUAUAUGCAAGUAAAAGAGAUUUAUCGUAUUAUAACUGGAAAAACAAUUAUAUUUCUACAAAUAAUAAUGAAAAUUAUGAAAUUAUAAUAAAUAAAAAAAUUGGAUUAAUUUUUAAACAUAGAAAUUCCAAAAAAUAUUUUAUGUUAAAUUCGAAUAAACAAUUAAAAAUAAAUUUAUGUGAUAACAUAUAUAAAGAUAAUAUAAAAAUAAAUUUUGAUGAAAAUGAAAAAAUAAUAAAAUUAUGUGGAAAUAUUAAAAAAAUUGAAUUAGAAGAUCCCAAUUAUUUGCAGUGUUUACUCUACACACUUCCUUUAUAG